AAUUGAAAUAACACAGUACUAUAGAAGAAGAUAAUAGAACAAUCUUAAUUAGUUGAGAGUGUUCAUUAAUUCAUACAAACAAAUCACUAGAGUGGCAAUGAACAUGCGAGCUAUUAUUAUGGUUUGCAUGGCCGCAAGCCUAAUCUCCAUGGCUUCUGCCAUUGCCGGAACUGCCACUUACUAUACCGUCUAUGUUCCAUCGGCAUGCUAUGGGUACCAAGACCAGGGAGUCAUGAUUGCAGCAGCUAGCGACGCCAUAUGGAACAAUGGAGCUGCUUGUGGAAAAAUGUAUCGUGUUACAUGCACAGGACCUACAAACCAAGGUGUGCCACAGCCUUGCAGAGGCAACGGCGUGACCGUGAAGAUCGUCGAUCGUUGUCCAUCACCUGGAUGCCAAUCCACCAUUGAUCUCUCUCAAGAAGCCUUCUCCAUGAUCGCUGAUCCUGCAGCUGGAAAAAUCAACAUCGAAUACAACCAGGUUUGAAGCUGUACAGAAUUCAAACCACAUACUGCGGAUAAACUGUUACCGUUUUGUUAUCUUUUAUCUUUAUGCUGAAAUAAGAGACAUGCCAUGGAAUUAAUCUGUUUAAUUCCCACGGACAAUAAUACCAUGUAACCUGUCAUGUGAUUUGAAGAAAUAAGAAAUUCCAUUUCCUA